AUGCCGAAGCCGUGCGAAGCGUGUCAAUUGAGCGCGGCUUUAAUCUUCUGCAGAGCCGACUCGGCGUAUCUCUGUCUAGCGUGCGACGGCAAGGUGCAUGGCGCGAACAAGCUCGCCUCUCGCCACGAGCGAGUGUGGGUCUGCGAAGUUUGCGAAAUGUCGCCGGCCGCGGUAACCUGCAAAGCCGACGCUGCGGCUCUUUGUGCGACGUGCGACGCCGACAUUCACGAGGCGAACCCACUCGCGAAUCGCCACGAGCGCGUUCCCGUCGUCCCGUUCUACGAGUGCCCUUCGUCGAUCAAAAACUGUAAACCGGCCUGCGUACAGCCCGCCGCGUUCCUCGGCGCAAAUGACGCCGCAGAGUUCGCGUCGCCUUCUGAGGAGCACGAGGAGCUCAUUUCGAGUCAAGGACAGGCGCUGCCGCAACCAACGGCGGCAAACGCGGCCGUCUCAAGGAGAGGACUGGAGGAGGAGGUAGAGGAAGAAGAGGAGGAGGAAGAGGAAGAGGAGAGGCCGAACACGGAGGCGGGUGGUCGAAACGCUAAUUGGCUCUACCCCCUCCACUCCCACCUCUACCCUCACCACUCAGCCGCUUCUGCUGCACCGCGAAUGCUCCCGCCGCACAUGCCGCCGCACAUGCCGCCGUAUAUGGCGCCGUAUAUGGCGCAGCAUAUGCAAAUGGCUGGCUCUGUUCCUCCGCGGCCGAUGGUACCGUCGCCUUACUUCCCCUACGCGCACCUCCCGCCGCACAUGCAGCCGCAAAUGCCGCUCCACAUGCCACCGCACAUGUCGCCGCACAUGCCGCCGCAUUAUCCGGCCUCCCCGCAUGUCCCCUCGACGCUUCCCCUCCACCGUCCGACACACGUUGCGCAACCUCCGGCUACUAAAUAUCCCAAAACGGAGUUCGCUGACGUUUCAGAUCUCCUGUUUGACGUGGAUCCGUUCCUCGACCUCCAGCAGUACGGCGGCGGCGACCGCAGCGCGACGCCCGUCGAUGGGAAACUUGCCUCGGCGAAACCGCCAAUGCAAUAUGCGGCCCUUUCGGCGGCGGCAAAGAAAACGGUGAAAGAGAGCAUGGUGGUGCCAGUGCAAUCCCAAGACGAAGGCGCUUCGGCAGUGGCUGGCCGGCGGGAAUGCUCCCCUUCCCUCUACUCCUCCCCGUCAUUCUCCGUCUCCUCUCAAACCGACACGCACCUCGUUCCUAGCAGCAGGCAGGCCGCCGACUCCGCCGCAACCGCCGCCGCGUUCGACGCCAGUGCCACGUCGUCAUCCCGCGCGGGUCACCCCGCAGCGGAAAGCCCCGUCGUUCUGCGCGCCUCCUCGUCCCUUCCCUCCGCGUCGUCGUCGCUCCCCUCCGCUUCCCCCUUCUCCCCGUCGACGUUCUCAAGCCCCGGCCCUCUCCACCCGCUUGCGCGCGAGGCGCGCGUGAUGCGGUACAGGGAGAAGCGCAAGGCACGGCGGUUCGAGAAGACGAUCCGCUACGCGUCGCGGAAGGCGUACGCGGAGAGCCGCCCGCGCGUGAAAGGGCGAUUCGCGAAGCGGACCGAGAUGGCAGAGGGCGGCGCGGGCUCACCUGCUGCUUUCGAAGUAGCAGUCAACGCAGUCAACGGGGUCAACGGAGUGGAUGCGUGUGGGAGCUAUGAGGACGUGGAAGGGGAGCAGUUUAAAAUGGAGGAGGGGGUCGCUGCAGCCAGCAAGCAGGACGCUGCCAUCCCUCCCUCCACCCUCUGCACUGGCCAUCACCAGACGGGCCUUGCACCAGACGGGCCUUGCACCAGACGGGCCUUGCACCAGACGGGCCUUGCACCAGACGGGCCUUGCACCAGACGGGCCUUGCACCAGACGGGCCUUGCACCAGACGGGCCUUGCACCAGGCGGGCCUUGCACCAGACGGGCCUUGCACCAGACGGGCCUUGCACCAGACGGGCCUUGCACCAGACGGGCCUUGCACCAGACGGGCCUUGCACCAGACGGGCCUUGCACCAGACGGGCCUUGCACCAGACGGGCCUUGCACCAGACGGGCCUUGCGCCAGACGGGCCUUGCACCAGACGGGCCUUGCACCAGACGGGCCUUGCACCAGACGGGCCUUGCACCAGACGAUGCUGGUAUGUACCCGUAUGCAGCCUCCUAG